AUGAGUGACGAACGAUAUUUAGGGUACCAUGCCGUUGCCGCCUACUUUCGCAACGUAGAUAGCACCACUUGUACCUAUCCUGAUUUCCUCGUUAAUAUUAACUCGCGGGACAUUAUCUUGCGAGUUCCACCACCAUAUACUGAGGAAUGGUACGGACUUGACAGUAUCUGGUAUGAACGAUACUUGAAAGAAGCAAAAUGCUAA